GCGGGGCUCAGUCACGGCGGGUGGCCUUCAGUCUCCAUGAGGAGGGCCCUGUCACCCUAGGAGACUGUGGGUGUCUGAUGCCGCAGUCCAGCUGUGCAGUGCUUUUGGGGUCCCUCUGUGCACCCUCUCUUCUUUUUUUUUUUUUUUUUUUUUUUUUUUUCGGAGCUGGGGACCGAACCCAGGGCCUUGCGCUUCCUAGGCAAGCGCUCUGCCACUGAGCCAAAUCCCCAACCCCGCACCCUCUCUUCUGACACAGCUUUGACGCUGUGCCAGGAGACCUCAGGCAGGCCUCGGUCUUUGUUAAUGAAAACAUCUCUCUGAGUCGAGAUGAGCUGCUCUCUCCAAUGCCUCAGAAUGGGGUGGAGGGCGAGCCUCGUGGUGUCGAGCCUCGUGGUGUAUUGAUCAGGGCUUCAGGGUUUCACGUCGUCUUUCUGGGAAUUGACGCCUGCUCCGGAGUAAACCCGAGAGAGGAGACGAGCUGUACGCGUUUUUAAGUGUCUUUCUGGCAGAGGGAGAAGCCUUAAAACCCUUCCUGGUCCCCAUCCCGAAACCAUGUCUUCAUUUGCUCUGGAUGAGGGUUCAGGAGAGGCUCAAAAUAACUCACCUUUGCGGAGGGUCUAGAGAAGUUUGGGAACAGGGCUUCAGGGUGUCCUGGUGAGUGCAGACAGCCUGCCAGGGUGGAGGGUCAGAGGAUGCCAUGCAGCCCACACCCAUGGGGGAAGAUGCCAUGGACCGAGUAGUGUUGAACCUGGCACCCCCAUCUCCUUUGUCCACAGUUAGUCUUUGGGAAUCUCAGAGGCUCCCUGGGAAGGAAAUGAAGGAGAACAGUGUUCCACAGUGAGGAUGCUGGAGGGGCUGACUCCCUGCACAUCACAGCUGCUGCCCCCUCACGCUCACCGCCAUCCCCAAGAGGCUGUGCUGGGUGGCCCCAGAGGAUCAGGCAGGGAAGAGAGUCCUAUUUCUCCUAAGGGCCGUGCAGGCUUGCAGAACCUUCUGGCUCUGACUCCCGGUGUCAACCAGCUCUCUUUCCAAGAGCUCCUCCACAGAAGGCCGUAUCUUUCAUGUUUUACAAAGGAGGAAACUUGAGGGCCAGAGAGGUUGAGUAAGUUUCCCAAGGCCACACAGCCAGCUAGUGAGUGCAGAAAGAUCUGAACUCGGGCCUGCCUGACUAAACUUUCUUCCCUUCUCCUUCCUUUUUUCUUCUUCCUCAAAGUCCUCCCUCUCCUUCCUCCACCUUCGUUUUUUUUUUUUUUUUUUUUUUCUCUCUUCUUCACCAGCUCUUAACACGCAUGGGCGGAGGGUUGGUUGUUAUUUUUAUCUGAGUUCAUUUAUUUGCUGUCUUGAGGUUUCAACCCCGGGGCCUGGCAGAAGCCAAGCUUGUCAUGUGACCUCAAGACAGUUACUGCUCCCUGUAUUUUACAGAGGAGGGAUCAACCUCCGAGAGGUGACCUGACUUGGCCAGGGUCACACAGCCAGUGGCCAGAGCCCUCUCUGCUUGUUCCUCUCAUACCACUUUGGAGCUGCUCUGGGGAGAGAAAGAGAGAAGCGGGGUGGAGGGGAAGGGGGAGGAGGAGGGAGAGGGGGGGAGGGAGAGGGAGAGGCAAAUGAGUUUUAGGGGACACCCCUUCAGGAGAAUAUCCGUCACCUGCAAAAGGGAGUGAAUGGGGUAGGGUGGCUUGCUUGUGUCUGCCAAGAGGCGGGCCCAUUUCUAAAUGGCAACCUUGGCUGUCUUUGGGCUCUUCGAUCUCUCCAGAGUGCCUGGGCUGGGGGCGGGAUGCCAGGAAGUUUCUGAUCCUGCAGUCCCAUGCCAGGAAGUUUCUGACAGCAACCCUGUUCUGUUCCAGAAGGAGGCCUUCAGCUCGGGGCCACCCGUGAGGCCACCGGGUCUUGCUGAGGUCUGUAGCUGAUUCUCGCUUCAGAACAGAAACCUACGUCCCUCGCCACAGAGCACUGUGUUUUCUGCUUAGGGCACUCGUGCCUCAGUUUCCCCUCUCACACCAUUACAGGGUGCUUUCUGAAAGCUCCGAGAAGCAGAGGCUAUGUCCCCCAUAGCUGGCUGAAAGGCAGGAGCUCUCUAAGGACAGGUGUUGCCUUAGUGGUGGUUUCUAUUGCUAUGGUAAAACACCAUAACCUGAAGCAACUUGGGGUGGGAAAGGCUUCUUCUUAGAUUUCUAGGUAGCACCCAUAACAGAAGGAACUUAAGACAGGAACGUGGAGGCAGGAACUGAUGCAGGGGCUAUGGAGGGGUGUUGCUUACUGGCUUGCUCCCCAUGGCUUGCUCAACCUGCUUUCCUAAAGAACCCAGGACCACCAGCCCAGGGAUGGCCCCACCCAUAAUGAUCUAGGCCCUCCCAUAUCAAUAAUCAAUUAAGAAGAUAUACUGCAGACUUCCUACAGGGCAGUCUGAUAGGCAGCAUUUUCUCAAGUGAGAUUCCCUCUUCUAAAAGAACUCUGGUUUAUCUCCAGUUGAUAUAGGAAACCCGCAGACCUCUGUCCAGGCGUAGGUAUUUCAGGCUCUGAUUUUCACAUUGUCCUGAGGUUCUCUACUGUCUGAGCUGUCAGCAUGAACCACACCCAACCUAGCAAUUUCCUCCUGUCCUAAAACUGUUUGGGGACUGUCCCCUCCCUACAUGGUGGACUCAAGCGGUUUUGCUCAGUGCCUUCUUUCCUGCCUGAUCCUGUUCCUGGGGAUAGCCAAUGACGUCAGCCAGCCUCCAGUCCAACAAGUCUCCAGUGCUGUGUAGAGCACGGGCUUUGGUCCGGCAGUCGGUUUGGAAAACAUUCCUGAGCCUUCUGUUUGCUGGAGGAUUCCAGUUUGAGCUGAGAAUUCUUCCUGUUUACACAGUCCCUUGGGAUCUGUAAGCCUCCCUUUAGAGAGUUAAUGAAUCACGUCCCUGCUGUCUCGAGAGCCGCCUGUAGUAAUGAUUCAGCCAUCUGGUCACCACCGGGCCCUGACUUCCAUUCAUCUUUGGACCUUAGCUUAGUGCCUACAGGUGCAGGGACUUCUCAGGCCAUGGGGAAAAGGAACUGAGCUGAGUUUCUGGGGCCUCGAAGCAGGUAGGUGUGGCUGACAAAUGGCCCUUGUCAGACGUAUGUGACAACCUGCCUUGCCUAGAGCCAGUGGCUAGAGACUCAUCUCUCCCAAUAGAUACGUCAUGGUCCUGGAGGCCCCAGGCCUCAGUCUGUCAUGGCUGCAAACCCUGAAGACCUUCAUUUUACCCCAGUUACCUUAAAGAUACCAUCUUGAACCCCAAGUGCUAUAUUCUGAGGCUCUGGGAGUCAACACUUCAAACACAGGGAUUUACUUCAUUUACAUUUACUUCAUUUGAUUUCGUGCGCGUGCGCGUGCGCGCGCGCGCGCUUGCAUGCCUGUGUGCGUGUGUAUAGACUGUGACACAUGUGUGGAGGCCAGAGGAUGACCUGCAGGACUCUGUUCUGUCCACUGUGUGCAUCCCAGGAAUCAAACACUGGUCACUGGACUUGGUGGCCAGGGCCUUUACCCACUGGGUCAUUACCACAGCCCGGGAAUGUUUUUCAUUGUUUUGUUAAUGGGGAGAGAGGUAUUUGAGCCUGGGUCUGUCUGGGUUGCCAAGGCUGACUCCGGGAACUCCCUGUCUCCCUGGAGUUCCAGGGAGUGGACCACCACACCUCUCUCUCGUGGUCCUUGCGGCCCACAGUGCUUGUAACCUUUCCCCCAGUGGCCCCUGACUUCGUGUGAGGUCUUCAGUUCAGGAAAUGCAGGGUUUGGAUCUGGUGACGUGCGGACUUUACACAAAUCUUUGGCUCCAAGGGCGGCUGGGGGGAUGUUAGUGAGUGACUCACAGGCAGAAGGGUGUCAGGCUGAUGACAAAGGAGGUAGUUAGGGGUGAGGUAUUUAAAACUUGGAAACCAAGCAAGAACUCAGGGAAGGGUCCUGGGGCUGACAGGUAGCAGAGUGGCUAGAGGCCACCAGUAAUCUGCAUAAUCUGCAUGUGUUGGGGUAGCGAUCUCUGCUGCGUGUGCACACUCCAGUCUAUACCAUGGAUGUGCCAGGCAGCUCCUGGCAAUUCACACUGGGACUUGCCCCUUCACACUAGGAUUUGCCCCUCCCCCCCUUUUAGCCAACACAUGCUUUUGCUGUACCAUGGUCUUCUGGCUGCUUUGCUAUGACAGUGUUGUAGUUUUGAGGUGACAAGGUGGUCAGGGAUAGGGCCUAAGGGGACAGAGCAGAGAGUCUUGACACUCAGGCCUUGGACACUGUGCCAUAUCUAUAGGGAAGGCUGCUGCCCCUACACAGACCUCUGGGUGACACUCAGGCUCCUUCUCUAGAAAUCUCAUAUAGGCUGAGCCAGCUGGUGCCAGGUACCAUCUAGAUGAGCAGAGCUGCUGACCUCAAGCAGACACGGCCAAGAGGAGCUGGGAUGGAGCCCCAGGACUGUUCUGGAAGGGCAGUCAGCUCAACGGUCCCUCUGUGCAGCAGUCCGACUGUAUAGCUCUUUCUUAGGCCAAACAUCCCAGCAUGCUUGUCAAAGAGGCAAGAACCUGCACCCCCCACCCCCAGGGUCCUCCAAGGCUUUUGUCACGUGUAACCUGUGCGGUGGGGUGGCUGUGUGGAUUCUGGAGCCAAGCCCCAAGCCUCUGUUCCUAGCUGAAGACAUAACUAGCUUCUACAAGUUAUAGCAUCCCAGCAGUAGAGCAGGGUUCUUACAGUUGCCCAGCCAGGGGGGCAAGGACUUGGUGAAAUGUUGCAGAUCACAUGGUCUGUGCAUGACACUAUGCACAGCUAUGACAUAAGUAGGUGAUAAGGCCGCAGACUGGGCUCUUCCUUGAGACCUGAACCCUCACUCCCAUCCCAGCAGGUGCCUACCAGCAGGCAGGGACACUGAGACAGUGUAGCGGUUGUAUCUCUUCACUCUGGUCCCAGCAGGUGCCUAUCACCACACAGGGACACUGAGACAAUGUAGCGGUUGGAAUCCAAGCACAAUUAAGUUUCCACAACCUCCCACUUACCCUGGCCACCUGGCCCUGCCAGAGUCAUUCCUCUGACUUUUAUAGGGCUUUACCAAGGCAGAAUGCCGGAUGUCACCAGAUUGUUGGUGGUACCGAUUAAAAUGAGGGAGCACCCAGCAUGCUGAGACGGAUCCUCAUAAUGGAGACGCAAAGCCUUACGCUUCCUGGCCCUCUGCAUCUUCAUGGGGGGAUCCUGUCUGUUGCCUCGGGGCCCCCUGCCACGAAAUGCCAUCUCUUCCUCUGCAUGGAGAAAGCUACUGCAUCUAAAUGGCAGGCGCAGCAGCUGGGUGCGGGCCGGCACCUGCUGCCCUGUUCCGCCGAUCACCCGAAGGAGGUCUGAGAUCAUACAUGCUCUGGAAGUAUUUUAUGAGCCAGAACAGUUGACUUCCCAGCCUCCAAGUCAGGGAGGGGAGGGACAUGGGAGCAGCUGUAGGAUUUACUGUGCUGUUGAUUUGGUGGUUUCUGGCCCCAGUGUCUCCUGGGACUGUCUUGAGUAACAGCGGGAGGCCCUAGGAGGAAACCCCAUGCAUACAUACCCUUACAGAAAGGAACCAAGACUGAAGUCAGAAGCACUGGGGUCCUUCAUGGUCGGUGAUCUGAGGGAUGGGGGCGGCCAAAGCGGCCCCAACUCCCAAGUUCCCAGUCUGGUCUCUGGAGCCGACAGUCCCCCCUCCAGUCCCCCCGGACACAACUGGGAGAUGAAUUAUCAAGAGGCAGCAAUCUACCUCCAGGAAGGCCAGAACAAUGACAAGUUCUUCACCCACCCCAAGGAUGCCAGAGCGCUGGCUGCCUACCUCUUCGUACACAACCACUUCUUUUAUAUGAUGGAGCUGCUCACAGCCCUGCUUCUGCUGCUGCUGUCACUGUGCGAGUCACCCGCUGUCCCUGCGCUCAAGCUCCGAACUUAUGUCCACGCCACCCUGGAGCUGUUCGCCCUCAUGGUGGUGGUAUUUGAACUCUGCAUGAAAUUGCGGUGGCUGGGCUUCCACACAUUCGUCAGGCACAAACGCACCAUGGUCAAGACGUCUGUUUUGGUGGUGCAGUUCAUCGAGGCCAUUGUGGUGCUGGUGCGGCAGACGUCCCACGUGCGGGUGACCCGGGCACUACGCUGCAUUUUCCUGGUGGACUGUCGGUACUGUGGUGGCGUGCGGCGCAACCUGCGGCAGAUCUUCCAGUCGCUGCCGCCUUUCAUGGACAUCCUCCUGCUGCUGCUCUUCUUUAUGAUCAUCUUCGCCAUCCUCGGUUUCUACUUAUUCUCUACGAACCCUUCCGACCCUUACUUCAACACCCUGGAGAACAGCAUCGUCAACCUGUUUGUUCUCCUGACCACAGCCAACUUUCCAGACGUCAUGAUGCCCUCCUACUCCCGGAACCCCUGGUCCUGUGUCUUCUUUAUCGUGUACCUCUCCAUUGAGCUGUACUUCAUCAUGAACCUGCUCCUGGCCGUGGUGUUCGACACCUUCAACGACAUCGAAAAGCACAAGUUCAAGUCCUUGCUGCUGCAUAAGCGAACAGCCAUCCAGCACGCAUACCACCUGCUCGUCAGCCAACGGAGGCCGGCCGGCAUCUCCUACAGGCAGUUUGAAGGCUUGAUGCGCUUCUACAAGCCCCGGAUGAGCGCUAGGGAGCGCUUCCUGACUUUCAAGGCCCUGAAUCAGAGCAACACACCUCUGCUUAGCCUGAAGGACUUCUAUGAUAUUUAUGAAGUUGCUGCUCUGCAGUGGAAGGCAAAGAAGAACAGACAGCACUGGUUUGACGAGCUUCCCCGGACAGCCUUCCUCAUCUUCAAAGGGAUUAACAUCCUUGUGAAUUCCAAGGCCUUCCAGUAUUUCAUGUACCUGGUGGUGGCUGUCAACGGUGUCUGGAUCCUAGUGGAGACAUUCAUGUUGAAAGGUGGGAAUUUCAUCUCAAAGCACGUGCCCUGGAGUUACCUCGUGUUUCUUACCAUCUAUGGAGUUGAGCUGUUCAUGAAGGUGGCUGGCCUGGGCCCUGUGGAGUACUUGUCCUCUGGAUGGAACCUGUUCGAUUUCUCAGUCACAGCAUUUGCCUUCCUGGGACUGCUCGCGCUGACGCUCAACAUGGAGCCCUUCUACUUUAUUGUGGUCCUGCGUCCCCUUCAGCUGCUGAGGUUAUUCAAGCUGAAGAAACGCUACCGCAAUGUGUUGGACACCAUGUUUGAGCUGCUGCCACGAAUGGCCAGCCUCGGCCUCACACUGCUCACCUUCUACUACUCCUUCGCCAUCGUGGGCAUGGAGUUCUUCAGCGGGCGACUGUCCCCCAACUGCUGCAACUCCAGCACGGUGGCUGACGCCUAUCGAUUCAUCAAUCACACGGUGGGCAAUAAGACCAAGGUGGAGGAAGGCUACUACUAUCUCAAUAACUUUGACAACAUCCUCAACAGCUUUGUGACCUUGUUUGAGCUCACCGUUGUCAACAACUGGUACAUCAUCAUGGAAGGCGUCACCUCGCAGACUUCCCACUGGAGCCGCCUGUACUUCAUGACCUUUUACAUCGUGACCAUGGUGGUGAUGACCAUUAUCGUGGCCUUCAUCCUGGAGGCCUUCGUCUUCCGCAUGAACUACAGCCGCAAGAGCCAGGAAUCGGAAGUGGACAGUGGCAUCGUCAUCGAGAAGGAGAUGUCCAAGGAGGAGCUUCUGGCCAUCCUGGAGCUUCAUCGAGAGGCGCGAGGCACCUCCUCUGACAUCACCCGGCUGCUCGACACCCUCUCUCAGAUGGAGAAAUACCAGCAAAACUCCAUGGUGUUUCUGGGACGGCGAUCGAGAACCAAAAGUGACCUGAGCCUGAAGAUGUACCAGGAGGAGAUCCAGGAGUGGUACGAGGAGCAUGCCCGGGAACAGGAGCAGCAGCAGCUCAGGGGCAGCGCGCCAAGCCCUGCAGCCCAGCAGACCCCCGGCAGUCGCCAGCGCUCCCAGACCGUCACCUAGCCCGGCUCCGUCAAGCCAGCCUCUUCUAUGCAAUAACACCAUAGUAUUAUGUACUACGAUGUAUGGAAACCAUGUGUGUAUGUAGACACACUCAUAUAUAUGCACAUAUUUACACAGAGAGAGAAAAGGACUAGCCAGGGUCCGUCCGAACCACCUCGCUCUGUCUUCCUGAGCUCCAGAAAUUGGUUUAGGCUGGAGGCUCAGACCUGGCUGAGCUCUUCCUACCAUGGAAAAUUCUGGAAGCCCUCCUGCUCAAGAAGGCUGCUUAAAUAGGCUGUCUCAUCUUAGCAAUGCCAGCAUUCCCUGGGGGACCUUGCUGUAGCCUCGGGCUUCGUCCCUGCAUUGUUGUCUACUUGUCCUCCAGCCAUCACAGGUGUCUGUGUCUGGUAUUAGGGACAAAACCACUAGGAAGAAACCCCACAUCCCGCUGAAUGACGUCUGUAGAUGACAAAGUGCUAGAAGGUCCCGUUGAGGGAAUCAGUGCCUGGGACCCAGUGAGAAACCGGACAGAGGCCAGAGAUGGCUCAGAGACAGCAGAGUGUACUCGCUCAGGCUUCUAGUCCUUUCUUGUUGCUGAAACCCUUCCACAGCCUCGUAGGGAAGCUCACCCAGCAGGAGAAAGCCAACUGGAGACCCUGGGAAUUUGACUCAUUCAGGAAGAGUUCAUUUGAACUGGUGCUGAAGGCAGGUCCCUCACCCCCACACCUCCACUCUUGAAGUAGACACUGUGUUUGGGGAGGGAGCCACACACAGCACAGGGACACUAACUGCCCAUCAUAGCAGUCCCUGGCUGGCCACCACGCCACGGCUAGCUGCUUUUCAAGGACUCUGAGGCACAGUGAGUACUGGCGUCCUCCAAGGUUCUCAUAAGCUAGGUGGGUAGGGGAGGAGGGUGAGGUGAGCACUCAGCAGCCUUGUACCGUGCCUUGUGGGGGUUCUUUUGAUGUCACGGUUGGGUAGUGAAGUGGCAGAGGCAGGCGUAGCAGGGGUGGAGCCCUGGUCACUUCAUCCUGCUGUGUUGUCCACAAGGGGUGGGAAGGAGGCAGGGCUGUCUGAAGUUGCCAGGCAGCCCUGUGAACCUGCCCUUCCGAACCUACUGCUGCCUGGGAAUUGGAGUGGGCAGGCAGGCACAGGUCCCCUCCCGUUCUCCCAGCUGCUGAACCAGGGGCCAAGCCAGAAAGUGGGUGUUUUUACUCUAAAUAAAGCACAGUCUGCCCCACACCGCACCCCCAGGAAAACCACUGGUUUCCACAGAGAGUCAGGAGACUGGCAAAGUCCCUUCCACCUCAAAGAGCUCUUGGCCUCUACCUAAACUCAACCUAGACUCUAGGCCACAGACCUGAGAAGCAACUUCAUCUAGCUGGCUGCCUUAGCUUGUGUAUGAGUGGCAUUUUGGAAGCAGAAAGGGGGGAGGCCUAUGAAGAGAGCCUAGGGCCUCUGAUUAACCCGCCUGGUUCUAGGCUACCCCAGGUACCCUUGGUCUAGGGGAGCAGGCUCAGGCAGAGGGACUGGUCUUGGGCCCUGAUAGAGGUACUAAAACCCCCAGGUUCAGCACAUACCAGCCAGGUGCCUGAGGGAGUUUGGGCUGUCAGGCCAAACUGAGCUUGUCCUGUAGCCUGAGAAAACCUGUCCCCACAGAAGUCACCUUGAGCACACACCAAGCUGACCCUCAAACUUGCUAGCCCAGCAGGGAACAGACUGGGUCACCCAGGGAUGUAAGCUGAGGCCCCUGGGAUCCUGUCUAAGCCAGCUUCCCCUUCCCUCAGUUCAGCUGAGUGGGAACUGGUGGCUCCCUGUCAUAGCCUAGCAGGGGCAGCUAUGGAACCAGACUGGGGAUAGGCACUCUUGUGGGAACUGUGCCCGACCCCUCCCCCUUGCUCCUCCUCCCCCACCUCAGCCUUACACCGUGCAGACAAUCAUUUUGUAUGUGUUAAGAGCCACGAUGGAAGGUUUUAUACAGUAAUUUGUUACCUAGGAACCCACUGUGCCCUGAUUUUUGUCGUGCCAAUAAAGAGCCCCUGCUUUAUA